UUUUUCCCUUAAGCCAUGUUAAUGUAUUCUUCGCAGGUUUUAGACAUGAUCAACAACCCACAUUAUCUGUAUCGGAUGACCAUUCUACAUGCAAUUUCUCUACUUGCACCAGUACUGGGUGCAGAAAUCAUUUGUUCGAAGUUGCUACCGGUUGUCAUUUAUGCAUCAAAAGACAGGGUACCCAACAUCAAAUUUAAUAUUGCAAAGGUGUUGCAGUCCCUCAUUCCUAUCGUUGACCAUUCUGUGGUAGAGCAGACAAUUCGUCCCUGUUUGGUGGAGCUCAGUGAGGACCCAGAUGUAGAUGUAAGAUUUUUUGCCAGCCAAGCUCUUCAGGCGAGUGAGCAAGUUAUGAUGUCUAGCUAGACAUGCUUGUUCAUGAGUUUUCUCUGACCUGGAAGUUCCAGUUGUAUCCACAAUUGUCAUGGAGAGAGACCGUGUUGGGAAUAGUCACAGCUGCUUUCCUUUUUUUUUUCUUCUCUUUAUGCUUUUUUGAGUGCUUCGGUGUUAUUGUAUCCAUAUGACUAACAUGUACUAGCCUUUUAGUUAACUUUGUUUCAAGCUAGUGCCAAGUCAGAUUUUAUCAUUGCUUUGAUUGAUCUGUGCCUAACAUCACCAUUUUGGAAGAUAAGGUAGAACGAAGUUGAGCUA